UUUCCUCUCACUCUUCUUCUGCGCUUCUUCACGAGAGAGAGAGAGAAGAGGAAAACGCGAAGAAUACGCAGAAUCCAUCCAAUUUAGGGUUAGGGCUGCCCCUAAUCUGGAAGCCUGUUCCUGGUUUCUGAUCUGUUUUCCGGAUCCAAAAAGAUGGGCGCCAAUUCGCUUCCGACGGAUGCAACCCUCGAUCUAGAUGAGCAGAUCUCGCAGCUCAUGCAGUGCAAACCUCUUUCCGAGCAACAGGUUAGAGCAUUAUGUGAGAAAGCUAAGGAGAUCUUGAUGGAUGAAAGCAAUGUUCAGCCUGUUAAAAGCCCUGUGACAAUUUGUGGUGAUAUUCAUGGACAGUUCCAUGAUCUUGCAGAGCUUUUCCGUAUAGGGGGAAAGUGCCCUGAUACCAACUAUCUGUUUAUGGGAGACUAUGUUGACCGUGGAUAUUAUUCUGUCGAAACUGUUACGCUGUUAGUUGGCUUAAAAGUACGGUAUCCGCAGCGAAUCACUAUUCUGAGAGGAAACCAUGAAAGUCGUCAGAUUACUCAGGUUUAUGGAUUUUAUGAUGAAUGCCUGCGAAAGUAUGGCAAUGCAAAUGUUUGGAAAAUAUUUACAGACCUCUUUGACUAUUUCCCACUGACAGCCUUGGUGGAGUCGGAAAUAUUCUGUCUUCAUGGUGGAUUGUCACCAUCUAUUGAGACACUUGACAACAUUAGGAACUUCGAUCGAGUUCAAGAAGUUCCGCAUGAAGGACCUAUGUGUGACUUGUUAUGGUCUGAUCCUGAUGACAGAUGUGGCUGGGGAAUCUCUCCUCGUGGUGCUGGAUAUACAUUUGGUCAGGACAUUUCCGAACAAUUCAAUCACACUAACAACUUAAAGCUGAUCGCCCGAGCGCAUCAGCUGGUUAUGGAUGGAUUCAACUGGGCACAUGAGCAAAAGGUGGUUACUAUAUUCAGUGCACCAAACUAUUGCUAUCGCUGUGGAAACAUGGCCUCGAUUCUUGAGGUCGAUGACUGCAGGAACCACACGUUCAUUCAGUUCGAACCAGCACCGAGGAGAGGAGAGCCAGAUGUGACUCGAAGGACACCCGACUACUUCCUAUGAAGACACUCAGCUCCUCCUGCAGCGGCAAAGUCCAGUUGUUGGUUUUUGAAGAUCUCUGCUUAUUCCAUUUGGUUCAACGCAUUUGUGUUCCAGGUUGCUUAAAAUCAAUUUAGCCAUUUCCCUUGGAAUAGUGUAAUAUAGGCAAAGAGGUCAAUGAACUUUAAAACCUCUUAUGAACAUGUGUUUGGCUGAACUUAUUUAGCUCCCUUCUGCAUCAGAAUAUGUUUAUUGUGAGAUAUUAUUCCGAUUUAUUUCACGUUAUCCCCUUUGUUCCAUA